ACACACGAAUCCAUGUUGUAAUUACAGACGGGGGAGAUAAUUUGCUGUCCUUUUUGGAUUCUUCAGAGACUGAAUGAAUUCAUUUCAAUGGACGGCAGUGUUAGUAUAACACACAACUGACUCUGUACAGUAUGUGUAUGGUAAAGGUUUAAGAGUCAGGGCUGUAGAUGCAUGCAUGUUUAUUAAUAAUCAGAGUAUCUCUAUUUCAGCACUAAUUUACAAUCUGCAGUGAGGCCAUGGGGCCCUCCAGUGCUCCAAAGGGAUGUGGUGCCAGCAUCAGCUCCAUAUAUUACAACCUGUGUGACCUGACGACGGUGUGGGGGGUCGUGGUGGAGGCCGUUGCUGCUGCUGGUGUGGUGACUUCCUUUAUUCUGCUGAUCACCCUCAUGGGAAGCUUACCGUUUGCGACAGACAAGAAAAGAAAGGGUAUGGUGGCCCUGCAGGCCGGCAUCCUGGUCUCUACUCUGGGACUCUUUGGACUCACUUUUGCCUUUAUUGUGGGUCGAUACACCACCAGUUGUGCUGCACGGAGGUUCCUGUUUGGCGUCCUGUUCUCCGGUUGUCUAGCCUGCUUGGUGAUGCACGGGUUGUGGCUCGCCCUGCUCCAGCGAAGAGGCCGGGGUCCCAGGAGCUGGAUGUUAUGCCUAGGAGCCUUGGGUCUGUGGACGGUUGAGGUGAUCAUCAACACUGAGUGGCUUAUCAUCACUGUCAUCAGGAGCCCACCAGGAAGUGUCACCAUCCCUGACCUGUCCUGCAGCAUUGCUAACCAGGACUUUGUGAUGGCUCUGAUUUAUGUCAUGGUUCUGCUGCUAGCUGUGGUGCUGAUGGCCGUGCCCUCGCUGAGACACAAGCACAAGCAGUGGCGCCGAGAUGGAGCUUUUAUCCUAGUCACGGGGCUCUCCACCCUGGCUAUCUGGGUAGCUUGGAUUGUCAUGUACAUCCAUGGGAACAGAGUGGUUGGGAAUCCGAGCUGGGACGAUCCUACUCUGGCUGUAGCCCUGGUUUCAAAUGCCUGGGUGUUCCUUUUCUUCUACACCAUCCCAGAAAUCUGCCUACUGACCCAGGAGGACCCAGAACAGGAGCAGCCACUCGAUGGAGAAGAUGUUUAUCCUGCCAGGAGCCUGGUUUAUGACAACAUACUUAAGGAGCCAGAGCUCCCCCACCAGAAUGUGUACAUAGAGAAUAAAGCUUUCUCCAUGGACGAGUCUCCGCCAGUACCCUCAAAGCCAGUGUCCCCAUAUGGAGCUUUUAAUGGUCGGCGUUGUGUGUACCAGCCCACUGAACUAGCCCUGAUUGCCAAGGGGAUGACUAAGAUGGACCAAGACAUGAUGUUGCCUCGAGCCAGAGUUCCCUCUCUAAAUCCAGGAAGUGGCAGCUCCCUGCCUCGUUCAGACGAGUCCUUGCCGCCUUGAGGACUGUCACAUGCAGGCAGUGUGAGUCCAGAGUGCGUUGCGUUGUCACCUACACACUCGGUUUCGAAAUCCGCACCAGGGGCUUGUUCUGCCCUCAGAGUACCAUGUAUCAAAUGUAAUUUCUCUUCCUUAGGGAUAGGUUUUUAAAUAACACGCUGUGGUGAGUCCACAACAAUUUCAUUUUGUCUUAUACUUUGUUUCCUGUUUGUGAACUGCUUGCUGUUCUGUAUGUGCAGGGCCUGAGUGUCAUAUAUAAAAGAUUAAAAAGACACUGACAAUAUUGGAGAUGGACUUUUAUAGAGGCGAUAGUUUGCGUAGCCAAAUAAUUUCAUAUGAAGAGGUUGCACAUCAGCUCUUCUAUUUAAUGUUUAUCUGUCUAGGGAAGCAAUGACUUUACCUUCUAGUUAAGACACCAUAAACUGUUGUCUCAAUUUUUUUUUUUUUUACAUUUUUGAUUAAAUGUAAAGCCUAAAGUGGAACAAUGUAUCCAGUUUUCAGGUGACUAGUUGAUGGUGGAAAAACUGUAGAAAAGGAUUAGGUGCAAGGCCUAUAAUUUAGCUGUUACAUGUUAGUUAUUAUUCCCAAAUGCUGAAAGUUAUUCUGUUUCCUUCUAUAUAUUGCUUUUCCGGUCAUAAAUCUACCGACUGUAAUUUGAUAGGCUUUUGUAAACACACUUGUGAAAUAAUGUAAUUCAGACUACCACUGAAAGCCAUAUGAUUUUGUAGUGCCUUGAAUUUAUCAAAUUAUAUGUAAAGGUGUAAAUUUUAACUUAUUAAACCUGUAAAACUUA